AUUCUGAUAAAAAAUGGCGUCAGAAAAUUAUCACUAUAAUUGAGUUUGAUGUAUAAUAUUUUGCAAUUUUUAAAGCUAAAUUAUAUUAAAAAAAACAAAAUAAAUACAAAAGUUGAAUAAUUAUGUUGUACGUCGUUAAUGUGUGUUGUCUAAUGAUCAAAUAAUUAAGUUUGGUAAAAAAUGAGUCGAAAAUUCAUGACCCUCAAUAUGUGUUUAUAGUUGUUGAGCUCCAAUAAAAAAGUCAAAUUGUAAAUUAAUAAUUGUUAUUGAAUUUUGUUAUUGUUAAUAAUGACGGAUUAUACGAGAAGUGUUUUAAGAGUUGUGGUGGCACAAAUAUGCCAAACAAUUGGUUGGCAUUCAAUAAAUUCAUCUCCACUUGAAUUUUUAGUUGAUUUAAUGCAAGAAUAUUUUAUGAGAACAUACAGACUGUCUCAUCAAUAUGCUGAAAUUUUGGGUAGAACAGAGGUUAACCUGGAUGAUGUUGGUUUGGCAUUUCAACAAAUGAGUAUUGAUUUAAAUCAAUUGGCUGAUUAUGUUAAAAAUGUUGAUCCAGUACCAUGUGCAGUACCAGUACCAAAAUAUCCAUUAAAAUUAAAUGAAAAUCAUUUAAACUUUUUAAAACCGGGAAGUCGUGAAGUUGUUACGAGACCAGUUAGUAUACACGAACAUCUUCCAGCAAUGUACCCGGAAAUCGAAGAGCUUCCAGAUGAAAAUACACCUGAUAAUUCAUUAAAUGAAUGUGAAAUAUUAAGUGAUAGUUGUUCCCCUAUAAAACAAUCAAUGUCAUUGGCAAAUGACAUAUCAUCAGAGGGUGUAUUUAAACGUCCUGGUGAACCAUUAUCAGACAGUCCAAAUUUAAAACGUCCGAGAAUGAAUGAUGAGAGUCGUCCACUGCGUGAAAUUCACAGUGUUAUGAUGACGACAUCUGGAUUUUUAUCACCAGCAAGAGAAGGAAAGCUACCAGAAGCUAGAACACCAAUUCAAGCUAGACCUGAUACACCACCACCUCCACCAGCACCGCCUGCACCUGCACCAAAACCAUCAUCUCCACCACUACCACCACCACCAUCAUCAUCAUCAUCAUUAUCACAACCUUCACUAGCAAUGCAAUCACAUGUAAAAUCACAUGUACCACCAAUACAACCAGUAUCAGCAUCGUCAUCACUAGGAAUUGCACAAAAUUCAGCAAUAAAUGAAACAACAGGAUUACCACAAAAUCUAAUUAUACCACCAGAUAUUAAAAUUGAAAAGAAAUCUAAAAAAAUAAUUAAAAAAAGUCUCGAGGAUCGUAAACUUGAUAAAGAAAAUAAAAAGAAAAAUCGUGAUAAAGAUUUAUUUAAACCAGAUAAAAUAAUAACUGAGCCAAAAGUUAAAAAAUUAUCAACAACAAAAGAUUCUAGUAAAUUAAAAAAUUCAAAAAAUAAUAGUAUCAAAGGAAUUGGUACAUCACAAUCAUCAAGUCCAAUACCACCAAUAAAUAUAUCCAAUAAAGAUGAUAAUCCAAAAAUAAUAAAAAAUUCAACAAUUAAAGAAAAAAAAGAUAAAAAUAUAACAAUUUCAGAUGCUAAAAAACAUGAUGAUAUUGUUAAACUAUCAUCUGAGCCAGAUAAACAAAAAUUAAAUAUAUUUAAAAAAUUAACAAAAUCAAGAGAUGACAAUAAAUCAAUUGAUGUCAUUGACAAUCAUAAAAUUAAAAAUGAAAAUAAUACAUUGUCAAUUAAUAAUAAUAUACGUGCUGAUAUUGAAAUUAAAAAAGAAGAAAAAAAAGUGCCUCGUACUCCAGAUAUAAAUAUGCAUAAUGACAAUGAUAUUGUUGAUUUGAGAAGUCCAUCAUCUGAUGUUUAUAUGUUUCCUGAUAUGUCACCACCUGGUACACCAAGUACACCUAAAACACCAGAAUUCAAUGUUCCGGGUCCAGCUGAUAUUAAAAAAAAGAAAAAAGAAACAAGAGGACGUAAAAAAGCUGUUUUUAAAAGUCCAGUAUUUAAUAAUAGUCCACAAAAAGGAAAAAUACACCAUGAUAUGAUGGAAACUGAUUAUCUUGGACGUCCUAAGACACCAGAAGCACCUGAUACUUUAACUCGUAAAGACAUGAACGUACAUCCAAGUCUUACUUUUCCAUAUUAUCCAGGUGGACCUGGUCUUAUACCUCAUCAUAUAGCUCCUACAAUGUUUUCACAUUUUCCAAUACAACCUGGACCACGUGGUAUGACAAAUUUUCCAACAGUUAUGCAUAAUUCAGCGACAAUAACACCACAUUUUUUGCAACCACCAGUACCACCACAAUUACCACCAAUUAAAAUUGAAAAUAAUUUAAUACCAAAAAUUGAUUCUGAAUUAUUGAUUAAUAAUGUACCUGGAUCAACAUUACACAAUCAUAAUUUAACAAGUAAAAAUGAUACUAUUAAAAUUGAGAAAAUUUCUAAAGCAGUUAAACAAGAAAAAGUAACAGCUAUGAAUAGCAAACCAUCAACAUCUAAAAUGGAUCCUUAUAUUCCUCCUGAUGCUACUGUUGCUCUUGUUGCCGAACAACCAGUAGAAAAUAUAAAAAUCGAAAAACUUGAAAAAUUAGACAAGAAAUCUAAAAAACAUAAAUUGGAUAAAAAGGAAAAAUUAAAAAAGAAAAAAGAUAAAAAAGAUAAGCAUAAAGAAAAAUCAGAUAAAAUUAAAGAUAAGAAGGAAAAAUUGGAAAAAAUAAAAGAUAAAAAAGAAAAAAAAGAAAAGAAAAAAGAUAAGGAAGAAAAAGAAGUUGAAACUAUACCGAAAUUGACAUUAAAACUUGCACCAUCAUCACCAGUGCCAUCAACAUCAACAGCAACAUCAGACAGCCCAGUGAUAAAAAAAUUAACAAUUAAACCAUUACCCAAAAAACCAGAGGACGUAAAACGUGAAUCUAGUCCAGAAUUAGCAAGAAUUUCAGCUUUAGUUACAAGGCCACCAAAAAUAAAACCACCCAAAAUAAAAAAAGAACCAGUUGUUAAAAAAGAAGAACCAAGAAAUCGUUGCAUCCCUCUUCCGCCAGGAUAUCCAGAAAAACGACCACAAUCAUCGUAUAUUAAUUCAGCAGGAAAUGAGAUAUGGGUUUGUCCUGCAUGUGGAAAAGAAGAUAAUGGAACAGUUAUGAUUGGCUGUGAUAGUCCUAGAGAUGUCUGUAACGCCUGGUAUCAUUGGGCUUGUCUUCGUUUGCCAGGUGAAGCACAAGAUCGUGAAACUUGGUAUUGUUAUUAUUGCAUUGUCGAAAAUCGACAUUUAAUUCCUCAUGACAAAAAAAAGAAAAAAAGCAAGAAAAAAGUUGAAAUUGCUGAAUAAUUAUUAUGUAUUUAAAUAUAAUUAAAUAUAUUUAUAAAUAUUGAAUUUUCUU